AAGUCCUUUCUGAGACCACUGAACCAACAGCAUACCACUGGGCCUGUUUCAUUGUAUCCUGCAACAUCUUUCACUGAAAGUAGAGCAAACAGCCAGAAUGGCGUAUCACCAUUCUUCAGAGAUGAACGGAGUAGUUAACGAGUACCUGAGCAUGUGCAUCGAGCCUAAACAUAACGGUUUGUGCAGAGAAGAGAAGGACUCCAAGGAUGCUGCAGAUGCAGACAAGCUGUCCUGCAUUGAGAACGCUUAUACCACCAUACUGAGUGAGCUGGGAGAGGACGUCGACCGGGAGGGACUUCUACGUACACCACUACGUGCAGCCAAAGCCAUGCAGUUCCUCACUAAAGGCUACAAAGAAACAACCCAGGAUAUCUUGAAUGACGCAAUCUUUGAUGAAAACCAUGAAGAGAUGGUGAUUGUCAAGGACAUUGAUUUGUUCUCUCUGUGUGAACAUCACCUGGUGCCUUUCUUUGGCAAGGCUCACAUAGCAUACCUCCCAAACAAGAAAGUGGUUGGUCUUAGCAAGCUUGCAAGAAUUGUUGAGAUCUACAGCAGGAGGCUUCAAGUUCAGGAGCGUCUAACCAAACAGAUUGCUUCAGCCAUCUCUGAAGUGUUGGAGCCUGCUGGAGUAGCAGUGGUGAUUGAGGCUGUCCACAUGUGCAUGGUGAUGAGAGGUGUGCAGAAGAUGAAUGCCAGUACUGUUACAAGUGCCAUGCUGGGAACAUUUCAUGAUGAUCCUGAUACCAGGAAGGAGUUCCUCGCUCUUACAAUGAGGAAGUAAAAGUUUUCACCUCAACAAACAGUUAAACAGAGGGAAUUCGACUGUGUUCAACCACUUAUACGUAUUUUGAGUUCUCCAUGUGUAUCUGUCAGUUUUAUUGUCAGUGAAAUGCUUUUGUUGGUGGUGUUCUUACUUGAGCUGAUAUCUUUGUUUGUGUUAAGCUCUGUGAGGCAGUUGAAAUAUCAGACACAAGGAAUGUCCCACCAGAAAACACUGGAAUAUGAAACUGAUGGUAAUAUUGAAUUAAUGUAAUGGCUACAAUGUGCUCCACAUUGUAUACAUGUACAGAUGUUAUGAAAGAUAGAGCUGAUUCUUAUUUUUCUGUAUGUGUAUUAUUAUUUGUUUAUAUUUAAACAAAAUCAGAUGCUACUGAAUGAAAGCAUGUGACAUUUAGAAAAAAAUAAUCAUCAGCACAUAAUUUCUGUUUGAUUGCAACCUAUUUGUGUUUUUGAGAAACAAAUCUGUUAUGGCCAAUAGACUAAAGCCAUAAAAUUAAGACUGUGUUAUUCAUCUGAUUAUUAGACAGUAGCCUCAGUCUGCAUGCUUCUCUUCAUGUAGGGGGAGUAUUAAAUGUUACAAGGUUAUAUUUGGGAUUAUACUUAUAUUAUUAUACUGGGAUUAUACUGGGAUUUUAUCUAAACCUUUUAUUUACAUUCUACUGUAGGUAUGUGAAAAAAAUCAUGUACAAGUUUAUGUAAAUUAUGAAAAUAAAAACUUCAGCUUCUAUCAAAGGUCUAAAUAUUUUUUCUAGAGGGCCAUAUUUGGCCCAUGGGCUGCUAUUUGACACUACAGCAAAUUAAGUUGUUUGACUGUCUGGUGAAAAGUUUGACUAACCUGUCAACAUCACAAACAAAUGCAGGUAUUUUGUAUACCAGGAAUUGAGGGUGGACACGUUAACUGAUGACACAAAAGAUUAAAAUUUUGUAUCAGAUAAAACAAAGAAUUUUGUUUGGUUACUUUAAUAAAGCUUUUAAACAUUU